GAGAUCCAUCGCCUGGAUGCAACAUUCCCCUUCAUCUCCAUGUAUAAAGUCCUCAAACUGGACUCACUGUCAUCCGUUUGCCAUUAUUUGUUACUGUAGCCCCAGCCUGCAGUACGUGUCCCAGUAUCAGCCAUGGCCAUGCUGAGAGUGUCGUCCUACCGCCGGCAGUUUGAGGAGCAGUGGAGUCGGAAUGGACGGUCCGGCGGAGGCUGUGGAGGGCAGUACCGCUCAGCGGUCAAGGCCAGGUCAGUGGGUGCGGCUGCUGAGGAGUGUACGUGUGUCCAGCUGGACUUUGUGGCUGCCAAGAUGCUCAAUAAGGAGAGUCUGGUCCGAUUCGCUAAAGACCGCAGCAUCAUUGCCGCCCUAAAUGAUCGCUUUGUCGCCCUCAUCAACAUGGCACGCUGCUUUGAGGAGGACAAUGAGUCUCUGGAGGCCCAGAUCUGUGAGCUGGAGGAGAGGUUGACCGGCCAACAGACCACCUCCACUACCGUAGCUGUCCCUGAAUACAGCCUGGACGCCGUGAUGGAGAGACUGCGCAAGGAGAGGGACCAGAGCCUGUUUGAUGUGGAGGAGCUGAGGAGAGAGCUGGAGUGUCUGCAGGAGCAGUAUGAGGAGACCGUUCAGCAGAGGACCCUCGUCCAACUGGAACAGGAAGACGUUGGCCUGGAAGUGGAUGUAGUGACAACAGACUGUCUGGCCCUGAGGGAGCAGGUGAACAUCUAUGAGGAACAACUGGCUCACAUGGAGGCACAGCAUGAGACGACGGUUCAGAACAUGGUGGCCCCUGUAGAGGGUCCAGCUGCAGCAGGGAGAGGAGUCCUGGAGUUCUGCAACCCUGACAUCAAGUCAGCCCUCAUAGAUAUCAAGGAGAACUACAGCCAGCUGGCUGAGACCAUCCAGUGUGAGUGCAGGGAAACUGGUGCGGUUGUUGCUGGUGCUGUUGUCGCCAUUGGAGCUGGAAAGGAGCUGACGGUGGCCAGACCUGCGGGGGUCACAGGCGUUGGCCAGAUAACAGACGUCAGCGAACUGAAGAAACUGAUUGCAGAGCUUGAAAAGGAGCUUGCAGAGCUGGAGAAGUGUGGUGAGGAGCUGGAAGAUGAGAUUGAGAUGAAGAGAGAAGCGUAUGUGGAGGAGAUCUUUGAGCUGGAGUGUCGUCUUGAGGAGAUGCGGAGGCAGCAGCAUGAACUGCAGGUCCAGAUGACGGAACAAUGUGAUGACUACGAGGAGCUGCUGGGUCAGAAGAUGGCCCGGGAAAUCGAGAUCGCUGCCUACAGAGGUUUGGUGGAAGAGGAGGAUGAGAGGCUUUGCUACCUGUGAGAGGAACCGAUGCAGACCAGACCAACCAACCUGCUUUCGGCGAUGGAUAUCCUCCCAUACAGAUUUCAUGCGUUGCCAAAACACAACAGACCUAAGUCGGCCAUUAGAGAUCACAUGAAGCUAACCGCCACACAACCAUUUGAGCAGAUAUAAAAGUAUCAUGACAGAUUAACGAGGUCUGGAGGGCGUGCCAGGGCCAUUGAUAACAGGUCACUGGCAGGUGACCCCUGUCCUAUAAGAUAGAUGAAGUUGUCUAACAUUGGGGUGUGGAGGGGGAUGGGACUGGAUAGAGUGUGUAUUCAGUGUCUGUGAAAGUUCCUUAAGUGGUUUCUAUCUGUUGUGGCUACAGUCUCUGGAGCUAACUCACUGAUAUGACACACACACACACACACACACACACACACACACACACUGACUGACUCUGCAGAAUCAUUUACCUCCCGUUAACCCUCACUCCAGCAUGAGCCCAUUAAACGCUCUUAACCACUGACCUCUCCACUCUUCACAGCCAUUGGACAGCUCUUAUAUCCAAUAAGAUAGCCUUAACCAAUCAUGGCAGGUCACCAUUCAUUUGUUUUACAGUCAUUGCAUUAAUGUGGGUUUUUACACAGAAAUGACAGUCAAGUCAGUUACACUGUUCAUGUAUACUUGCGAACUGGUUAUUGAAGUUGACAUUCUGCAGCUCCCAUACAGCUGGCCAGCAGAUAGCUUGUGUGCUGUUCCUGACUUAUUUGCUCAUUCUCUGCCCAUGACACCUGGAGGAAUUUAGUCAAGUUAAAACCAUAACAAUAAAAAUAAAAACAUUUUGCUUGACAUCA